AAGCUGUGGCAAAUGUUUGCCCCUUCUCCGAUUCUUUUGGGGAUUUUCCUUCUCCUCCUCUCCAAAUUCAGAAGUAUUUUGGAAAAACCGAACAAGGCAAGUGCUAGGUUUUUGAAUCACCUCGGUUAUGCUGUUUAGAUCCGUCAAUGAUUUACAUUUGCGCAAAAGAGUUGGGAUUUUGGUGAAUUCUGUUGUAAUGUUUAUAGGUUUGUAGAGGAAUUGGGUAGGGUUCUUGUUAACGGAAUGUGGGUAGUCUUUUGGGUAGCAGAUGUCAUCUAACCUGUUUGGUAUUUCGUGAAAGAUCCAAUCUUUCGUUCUUUGGAAACUCUGGGAUCUUUUGGGACUUUGUGUAUUGUGGGGUUCUUGAAGGUUGGUGAGAGGUAGAGGAUUCUAUAGGGUUAAGAACCAUCUAAUUAAGUUGCAUGUUGCAGUGAUUUGGAUCUUGCUACCCAAGAAGAAACAGAUUAUUAAUGACUUUUUAGCUUGCAAAGAAUUCCUACGAAGCCGAUUGUUUUUAUUCCUUGGAUUAAGUUUCUUUGGAACACUUCAUUUCCUGGAACCUUUCGGUGUUACUUGGAUUUAGGAUUCUCAAGCUUGGCACAUUUUUGGGGGAAUAGGAAAGAAACUUGUGGUGCAGUUUCUCGAGGAAGGGUUGAAUUACAUCAUAAUUUUUGAUAGCAAAGAAUGGUGGAUUAAUGUUUUGUGAAGGAAGAUGGCGGCCGGCGCUGAAUUCUCACCUACUGUCGCGAUGUUAGAAGGCAGGUAUGGAGGCAAGGAAAAUGGAUCUUCUGCAGGUGCUGAAGAUCCUGAGACUCUGGAGGAUGUGAAGGAAUCGAAAUCUGGGAAGCCGCCUCGACAUCUUUCAGUCAUCCGGCAUUGUGGGAGCACCGCCCGCUUCACUGAUUCCACUGAUUUAGAUUUGGUGGCGAGGCUGGGCUUGACAUCUCCACCACAAGGGCAGUCUGGUUUCUUGCCUGUGUUUCGGUCUGGAAGCUGCUCUGAGAUGGGGCCAAAAUCAUACAUGGAGGAUGAGCACAUCUGCAUAGAUAAUUUAGUUGAGCAUCUUGGAGAUCCUCCAGAUUUCCCAUCACCGGGUGCUUUUUAUGGGGUAUUUGAUGGACAUGGUGGUACAGAUGCAGCAUCAUUUGUUCGAGAGAACCUUCUCAAAUUUAUAAUUGAGGACGGUCAUUUCCCCACUCGUGUGGAUAAGGCUAUAAAGAGUGCAUUUGUGAAAGCUGAUCAUGCAUUUGCUGAUUCCUGUUCUCUUGAUCGCUCCUCUGGAACCACAGCUUUGACAGCCUUUAUUUUUGGAAGGACUAUGCUUAUUGCAAAUGCAGGCGACUGCCGGGCUGUAUUGGGGAAGCGUGGACGAGCAAUUGAACUUUCCAGGGACCAUAAACCCAACUGCAACAGCGAAAGACUUAGAAUCGAGAGACUUGGCGGCAUGGUCUAUGAUGGGUAUUUGAAUGGUCAGCUAUCUGUAGCGAGGGCUCUUGGUGAUUGGCACAUGAAGGGGUCAAAAGGUGUUGCCUGCCCCUUGAUCGCUGAACCGGAGCUGCAGGAGACAACCCUUGCUGAGGAAGAUGAAUUCCUAAUACUCGGCUGUGAUGGUCUCUGGGACGUGAUGAGCAGUCAGUGUGCGGUCACGAUGGCCAGGAAAGAGCUCAUGAUCCACAAUGAUCCUGAGAGGUGUUCAAGAGAGCUAGUUCGGGAGGCACUCAAGCGCAACAGUUGUGACAAUCUAACUGUUGUGGUCGUUUGCUUUUCACCCGAUCCACCCCCUCGCAUCGAAAUCCCAAGAUCACGAGUACGGAGAAGCAUAUCAUUGGAGGGGCUGCAUGUCCUCAAGGGGGCUUUGGAUAGCAAUUGAUGUCAGGUUCAUUUUUUGGAGAUCUGUAGCUUGUAAACAAGUUGGGGUCUUUAAAAAUUUUGGCUGGAAAAUAAAUUGCAAUAGGUAGGAGCAAAUUCUUUUUUCUGAGGGCGUAGGGUAGUCUUGUACAUUUGAGAUUAAAUUAUUUGUACCAACGGGAAACAUUUGAUUGUUUCUUGCUUAUCCCAUUGAAGUUUUCUUUAGCAUUCCAAAA